AUGACCAGCGGCCAGCAGUGCCGCCAGAACGCCGCCCGGGCGACCGUCAUGCUCCCGGUUAAGAUCGUUGACGGCAAAUUUGGAGUGCCGCUCCGGGAGAGGCUGCUGACGGGCAACGCUGGAGGACGGGAGGGAGUCGUCGUCGUCGUCUUCUUGAAGGAGUGCAUUUUGGCCGCAGGAAUGGGCGAUGGAAUGCACCGCAGCUUUGCAAUGAGACGCACGUGGCUCUGCUUCUUGCUCGCCAGUCUCACCUGCCGCCCGUGCCUCCAGCAGGAGGCGACGGGAACGCCCACCGAGGCAGAAUUAAUUAACAACAUCACCGUGUUCACGCGUAUCCUGGACGGACUGCUGGACGGCUACGACAACAGGCUGCGCCCCGGAUUGGGAGAAAAGGUGACAGAGAUCAAAACCAACAUUUUUGUCACCAGCUUCGGUCCUGUUUCGGACACGGAAAUGGAGUACACCAUCGACGUGUUCUUCCGCCAGAGCUGGAAAGACGAGCGUCUGUGCUUCGAAGGCCCCAUGAAGAUGCUGCCACUCAACAACCUUCUAGCCAGCAACAUCUGGACGCCUGACACCUUCUUCCUGAAUGGAAAGAAGUCCAUUGCGCACAACAUGACCACGCCCAACAAGCUCCUGAGGCUGCAGGACGACGGCACGCUGCUCUACACCAUGAGACUGACCAUAUCUGCAGAGUGCCCCAUGCAACUGGAGGACUUCCCCAUGGACGCGCAUGCCUGUCCUCUUAAGUUUGGAAGCUACGCAUACCCGGUCUCGGAGGUGGUCUACACGUGGGAUAAGGGGGCAGCCAAGUCGGUGGUGGUCGGCGAGGAGGGCUCCAGGCUCAACCAGUACCACCUGAUUGGUCAGACGGCCGGCACUGAGGACAUCUCCACCAGCAGAGGUCAGUACACGGUGAUGAUGGCUCACUUCUACCUGAAAAGGAAGAUCGGCUACUUCGUCAUCCAGACGUACAUGCCGUGCUUCAUGACCGUCAUCCUGUCGCAGGUCUCCUUCUGGCUCAACCGUGAGUCCGUGCCCGCGCGCACCGUCUUCGGUGUGACCACGGUGUUGACCAUGACCACGCUCAGCAUCAGCGCCCGCAACUCGCUGCCCAAAGUGGCCUACGCCACCGCCAUGGACUGGUUCAUCGCUGUGUGCUACGCCUUCGUCUUCUCCGCCCUCAUCGAGUUUGCCACGGUCAACUACUUUACCAAGCGCAGCUGGGCCUGGGAUGGCAAGAAGGCCAUGGAGGCCCAACAGCCCAAACGUAAGGACCCCUUGGCGCUGUCCAAGAAACCCAACAACGCCUGCGCGGCCGGCGUCAACUACACGGCCAACCUGACCAAGGAUGCGUCCGUGUCCACCAUUUCCAACAGCACGUCCGUGCAGCUCAAGGCGGCCCCCGAGGCCAAGGGCGCCGACCCCAAGAAGACGUACAACAGUGUCAGUAAGAUCGACAAGAUGUCCCGCAUUGUGUUCCCCGUGCUGUUCGGCACCUUCAACUUGGUCUACUGGGCCACUUAUCUCAACCGGGAGCCCGUCAUCAAGGGAGCCGUUUAGAUGGAACUUAAGGCGCAAAAGCCAGCAAGCACUUAACGUUCCAAAAUGUCGCCGUCUUGUUUUCAUUUGAGGUAAUUUCAUUGCAUGUUGCUUCUGCUACACCUAAACUUUCCUUCGUUGCCAUGUUUUUCCACAUUUUAAGUGUUUGGAUUUGAUUGUCCUUCUCUCCGGAAAAAGGGACAGGAGGCAUCGUGCCGCAGUACAGCGAGGUUAAUUGUUAGCUGGGAAAAAUACCUGACGGAUUUCGUCAAAUUGGUAGCAAAUAUGAACCAGUUACGCUGAGUGAUGCUCAAUUGUAAACAUUUUGGAUUUUUUUUUUUGUUGUCAUUUUGUGUGGCCAGAGUAUAGUGGCAAAAUUGUACAAUUUGCUGUAAAAUUACAAACUAAUAACUACGCAAUUUUCCAUUAGCAAUGUGGAAUUUGUAAAACAUGUCUAUUAAGACCCACAAAACACAUCGACAGGAAAGAAAACAUUUCCGUUUGAAGCGGCUAUGUUGGGGUCACUUUCAAAGGUCGGUUAAAAAAUAGGAAACAAACUCAACACGUUUGGGAAGUCAGCCCCCGAAGCCAUUUUGACCUAACCACAGGGACAUUGGUAGCUGUGUCUAUCAAGAGUGGAUCCACAAAAAAAAAGACUCAAGAAACCAUGCCGGAAAAGACAUCGGAAGUCAGACGUUUUGGUUUAAAGCAGCCGUCAUUUUCAGCGGGUUAUAAAAAUGGGACACCACAGUUUUGAAAAUUCUAUCACUUAGCAACCCCAAACAUUUGGAACCAAUUCCAUCAAGAAUAGUUCCAUAAGAAAAGUCUUAAGAAACCAGACACAGGAAGUCGGCCGUUUUGAUUUGGACCAACCAUUUUUGACUAUUUUCUGGAGUCAAUGAAACGUAUUAAACUAACUCCUUAACUUGAAAAUUCAGCUGCUGGAGCUAAUUCCACUUAACGAAAAAAAAAAACUUCUAUCAAAAAUAGACACACAAAGAGUCUCAAGAAACCCCACCUGAAACCACACAGGAAGUCAGACAUUUUGGUUUGAAAUGGCCAUUUUGGGUCAGGUUUGCCCUAUUUCCAGAUGUGUCUUCAAAAACAAAUUUGAACUCUCAAUUUUCAAACUGUUUUUUCAUUGAGCGCAGCAUGGCAGCAAGGCCAAAUGCUAUGCAAAAAGUUGUGAUUCUUUUUGUUCUUGGCCCACAGCAGCUUGUGUAUAGCUUUUUUGAAUGUUUUUUUUGUACAAAUGUGGACAUGUCGCAAAGCCAUGCCAGCCAACGUGUGAUGCCUUCAGAGUGCUCUUGGCGCACUCAUAAAUGUUUGGAUUUUUUUUUUGGCACCCUCCCCCUCUGAAAAUGUACUUUAUUCUUAUUUUAUUGCAACUUCUUUUUCCAGGAAAAAAAAUCAACGAGGAAUAGAACACAUUUCUUGCAAAAACAUCAGUUUUUUUCAGGUAAUGUAACUUUUUUUUCUCCAAAAAUGUCGAUUUUUUUUUUUUUGUUCUAUGUAAUUGAAUUACAUUUUUCUGCAUAAAUAUAGAUGAAAUCUAAUGAGUAACUUGUUAUGCUGUCUCAAUUAUAUAGUACUUUUACCUUACUUUCAAUUUGGAUUUUGGUGUGCUCAAUUUGUGUUUAGCUCUCAUAAAUUUCUGCCUUCAUUUUCUUUUUGGUGUGGCUUUAAUGCUCGUCGUCUUUAAUGCUCUUUGGUACUUUAUUCUUCCUAUCCACGUCGUCGUGUUUUUUUAAAUGCCUUUUUUCCUGCAAAAAAAAUGUAUUAUUUAUGUAUACCUGUAUUUCCAUUUAUUUAGCAGCAGCACCACAACACUAGUAUCGGAUUCGUUUUGAUUGAAUACAGUGACGCCUUUGAACGACUUUAGUGUGGUUUUUAUGAGUUUUGAAAAAAACCUUCCAUGUAUUUGUUUCUGUCUCCUGAGAAUUCUGAAAUAUGAAUGCAAUGUAUAUGCCUCCUGAGUGGCCUGUCACCAUUUUAAAAGAAACUUUUUCGGAGCACAUGGAUGUAUGAUACUUAUCACAUGAAAGUGCAUUUUUAAUAUGGGCUGUUCUUCAAGUGCAAAUAACUGAAGCAAUAAAUAAUGCUUUCUCGGAAAAAAAACCCCUAAAAAAAAAAAGAACAACCAUCA